AUGUCCCAUUUGAAAACCGAAUGGAUCCUGAUGAAAUCUGUUCAUUUUUUGGGUGAUUAUGAUUAUAAACCAGAUGAUCGAUUGGCUAGAGAUUUGACACCUCUGACCACAUAUUCAAUGAAUAAAAAGAGGAGAUGGGAAAUUUUAGAAAACGUUGGAGACCAAAAAUUGGCAGGAAUAGGCAAAUUUCAUAGGGACCUGGACCCGGAUGAGAUUUUGUUUUUGGAAAGAGUCAAUUUGAAAACUUUCGAGUGGAAGUAUCUCCCAUUCGUCCAUGCCCCACAAGAUUUUGGGAUUCAAACGCUACACAGUUACAAAAUGAUUUCUAAGAAAAAUUAUUCUGGCCAUUUUAAUUGUAUGUCCCAAAAUUCAAUAUUCGGACAACCAUACUCCAAUUUUCGUCCCGAAAAUCGAUUGCCAGAAAAACCCAAAAAAUCUGGAACCUCUGAAAUCAAAGCGGACAAACAAUCUACAAUUAUCGUUUAUAAUUUUUUGAGAGCUCCAAGAAAUUAUAUGCGACUCGGAGAGCAGUAUUUUGUGGCGAGCAAUUAUGGAAGAAGAGAACCCUAUUAUGCCCAUAGAAGACGAAAAUUGAAUUAUGAAGAUUCUCAAAAAGAGAUAAACAAUGAAAUUUGGAGAUUUUAUAACAAUAGUCUUGAUGAACUAUCGGAAGAAGUUAACGGGUCAGAAAAAAUGGAGAACUUGAAAUAG